AUGGCCCGAGUCAUAAAUACAGGACCCGGGGACACCGGUGCCAAGGUUGCUGGAACGGCCCAGAAGAGGCAGACUAGACCGACCACCACCACACAGAAGACUGCACAAACAACCACUGGACCAUUGACUGGAACGAUGCCCACCGCUGGAAAGCAGGCUGCUCAGCCUACUGGCCCAGUGGCCGGUCCAUCAACCACAAAAGUGCCUGCCGCUGCAAAGCAGGCCACUCAACCUACCCGCUCAGUAGCUGGGCCCUCGACUGGAAAAGUGCCUGCCGCUACAAAGCAGGCUGCCCAGCCUACUACUUCAGUGGUCGGACCAUCGACCGCAAAGGUAGCUGCAAAGACAGCUGCGAAGAAGAAGAAAAAGUCCACGCGUGGCAGACCUAGAAAAGCAUGCUCACCUUGUCGCCGCGCCAAAAAGAAAUGUAUACAUAUGGGAGAGGAGGAUGAGAAUGACGAAGAGGAAGAGGAAGAGGAAGAGGAAGAGGAAGAGGAAGAGGAAGAGGAAGAGGAAGAGGAAGAGGAAAAUGAUGAUGGUCAGAAAAAGCUUUCUGAAAAGGCGAAGGGUAAACAAAAGAUAAAGAGUGCCGAUAAUGAUGAUGGUGAUGAUGGUGAUGAUGGUGAUGAUGAUGAUGAUGAUGGCGAUGAUGAUCAGAAGCAGCUGUUUGAGAAGGCGAAGGGCAAACAAAAGAGAAAGCGUGCCAAUGACGAUGACGAUGACGAUGCACCAGGCCCGAAACCAGCUAAGACACGGGGUCGGCCUGCUAAGAAUCAAGCAACUGUUGCUGGUCCUUCAGGGAGUGCUCCUGCAACACCUACCAACUUAUCCAACCCACUGACGGCUGCCGGGCACAUCGUCACGCACCAAUACAUGAGUCAGCGAUUGGGCCAGCGACUCGACAAUGCCGAAAAGAAAUGGGAAGAUGCCAUGGAUGCCAUGAUGGAGGCCAAGGAGGCUUUGGAUGCCUGGAAAGACUUUUACUUGAAGCACAAGGAAUCGCCCAGUUAG